CGCACGGGGCCGGGCUGAGCGGUGCGGGCCCACGCUGUGUGCGCCCAUGCUGUGUGCCGGGCUGCUCCCGCGCGCCCUGGGCCGCCGCCGCGGGGCCGCGCGGGGCUGCUGCUGCGCGCUCCGCGGCUGGGCGGGCGCGGCGAGCGGCGGGUCCCGCCUGCGGGCCGCCCCGGGGCAGCCGCCAGGCCAGGGCCGGCCCGCGGGGGUGGCCGUGCCACCGUGCGCCCGGGGGCUGCGCUGGGCGGGUCAGCUGUAUCAACGUGCCACAACAGAGGCCUCCCAAGCCACCCUGGCUAGUGUGUCUCCUGUUUUUGCAGUGAUGAAGCUUGACAAAGAGGGAAAUACUACCUAUUUUGAAAAGAAGAAAACAGAAUUGUACCAGGAAUUGGGUCUUCAAGCUCGAGAUCUGAGAUUUCAACACCUAAUGAGCAUUGCGACUAGGAACAACAGAAUCAUUGUGAGAAUGGAGUUCUUGAAGGCUGUCAUAACACCAGAGUUUCUUCUGAUACUAGAUUAUCGUAAUUUAAAUCUGGAACACUGGGUCUUCAAUGAACUAACGUCUCAGCUGGCUGGGGAAGGUCAACUAGUUACGUAUUCCCUGCCCUUUGAAUUCCGAGCCAUAGAAGCAAUCCUGCAGUACUGGAUCAGCAAACUGCAGGGGAGACUUAACACCUUGCAGCCUCAGAUCCUUGAGACACUGGAAGCUCUAGUGGACCCCAAGCUUUUGUCUGUGGAUAGGACUAAACUACACAUUCUCCUGCAAAAUGGCAAGAGCUUGUCAGAACUGGAAACAGAUCUUAAAGUUUUCAAAGAAACAAUUCUGGAGAUCUUAGAUGAAGAAGAACUAAUAGAAGAGCUCUGUCUGUCUAAAUGGACUGAUCCACAAGUAUUUGAGGAGAGUACAUCUGGGAUUGACCAUGCAGAGGAAAUGGAGCUGCUGCUGGAGAAUUAUUACAGACAAGCAGAAGAUCUUGUAAAUGAAGCUCGUGAACUCAGAGUACUGAUUGACGACUCGGAAAGCAUAAUCUUUAUCAACCUGGACAGCCACCGUAAUGUGAUGAUGAGACUGAACUUGCAGCUGACUAUGGGGACUUUCUCUCUGUCUCUGUUUGGACUCAUAGGAGUUGCAUUUGGUAUGAACUUGGAGUCCUCUCUUGAAGAGGACCCCAGAAUAUUUUGGCUGGUGACGGGGAUUAUGUUUCUGGGAAGUGGUCUGAUAUGGCGACGCUUGCUUUCCUUCCUUGGGCGGCACCUAGAACCUCCACUACCUCCUCACGUUCCUGCAGUGUUGAAAAAAUCCCAACCAGCAGCUGGAAGAGUGGAGAUAAAGAGCAACCUUAAAGCAGAAACAUUUGGGCUGAGCAGAAGCACAUUAACAAACCAAUAGGAACAGCAGGAAUGAAGAGACUUUUACAUGGUGGACUUUGGACACUCUCCUUGGAUUUGUUCUUCCUUAUUGAAAACUGCAAGAAUUUUUAAACUUGCUAAUUUAAUAUUUAUUUUGUGCCAAAAACCUAUGGUAAGAUUUUAAUGCUCACACAAGGAGAAAAACCCAAGGUAAAUCAGCAACAUGGUUUCCAUAGCAGUUUCACCUCUACCCCAUGUAUGUUCCAUUAGUUUUCUGUAUCAUAUACAUGGCCUUACUUUUUCGGGCAUUCUCAGUUCAAGUGUUUGUGUCAAGUAUGUCUUCACGUAAUGGCCUUUCUUUAAAGAGAACAGUAUUUUCAGCUUAAAAGAUGACAGAAGUCAGCAUUCAUCAAUGGUUCUGAGCCAGGAAUCUGACUUCUAAUGUCAAAAGAAAAAUCCACCCUAGAUUUGGCCUUUUUUAAUUAUUUUUUUUAAGCAAAGUUUAAGAAAAUUUUAAGAAACUUUUUUUCCAAAGCAAAAAUCAUACCUAACAUCUCUUGUGAAGCAUCACCUCUAAAUUGGCAGUAACCAGAAAUAACAGUUUCCCUUAUUUUAGGUGAGCAAUAACAGGCUUUGAAAUGUAGCUACUUAUCUUGGGUGUUCCAUAACAAUUAACUUAGGCCCAAAAUGUUUACAGUUUUAGUAACAGGAAAAGCAAGCCUUUGGAUAAUGUACACUUGUGUUGCCAUCUGCUGCUGUUUCAACAGGCAUUGCUACAGCUGCAGUUUAACAAUUAGUUGUCGUAAGGACUGAUUCAAAUGCUGGUAAAAAUCAACAGACCAGUUGUGUUCCUCUUAAGCUGGGCUUUGCUUUCUCUCAUUUCUCCAGGAAGACAAGACAAAGCAUGGACUAGUGUGCAUCACAGCAUGUAGCUGGAUUAGUCAAGGGUGUGGAAACCUGCUGUCCUGUGAUGGACUGAAGGAAGGAGUAAAAUUCUUAUGCUCACUAUUUGUAUUUUUUUCUUAGGACUUACAUAUGAACUCUUGAGGGUGUCAUUCUCCACUGAUUUAUCUCAGUCUGUAGAGAGAGCAUGAAAUCCUUCUAAAUCAGGUCACAAACUCUCAUUUGAGAUUUUUUUAACCUCCCUGUAGCCUACAGUGAUUUAUCCCCAUAGGUGCCACCAGAUAAAUCACUGUACUGGCAGGACUUGAAAAGAUAAUAACCGUAGCUGUGAACAUUUUUACUCAGGACUAACGAGUGAAAAAUGGAAAUAAAAAGGUACAUACAUUAAAAUAAUGCAGGUCUGUGAUCCUAGUUUGGUUAAAAUCAGGUGUGUGUAAUUAUUUUCAAACAGUUGUUCUUGCUUUUUAUGUGACUUCAACUAAAGAUAGAAAAGGCAUGAGAAGGUGAGAAAAUCAAUGGGGUUUGUAAUGUUUUGAGUUUUUUAGCUGAUUUUUUUGCAGCCUUUUUGCUUAGCAGGUGGAGAUGUAAAAACUCUAACCUGAGCAAUCCAGUGGAAAAAACACUGGCUCUCAUGCCUUGGCUGGUAAACCCCAGGAAAGCCCACUGUGUGAAGGGAUAGGGAUGCUGAUGUUUUCAACCAAGUUGUAGUUGCAUUAGGCCAGGACUAAGAAGUGUUAGUGCAGCUGUUUGGGAAGCUUUAACAUAAGCUUUCCAAGCUCUGUCUUUUGUGCAGAGAGGCUUCUGUGAACUGUAUUCACUUCUUUUUCUGUAUAUAACUGACUUACAGCACAAUAAAAGCACUGAGAGACA